UUUCAUUUUAUAAACGUCUGUGCAAAUUUUUGGGUAACAAUCAUCAACAGUCGAUGGCUCAUCACGGUGUUUCAGGUCUAGUUGGGAAACUUAUAACUCAAUUGGAGGUCAAUUGUGAUGCUGACGAAUUUUAUAAAAUUUGGAAGCACCAUGAAGAAGUUCCACAGGCAGUUUCUCAUCUUUUCCCUGCCGUCAAAGUUGUCAAAGGAGAUGGACUUGUUUCUGGUUGUAUCAAGGAAUGGCACUAUAUUCUGGAGGGUAAGGCGAUGAGCGCAAUGGAGGAAACGACACACAAUGAUGUAACGAGGACUUUACAUCACCAGGUAGUUGAAGGAGAAGUGAUGAAGGAUUAUAAGGCGAUUGCUUCCAUAAUUGAAGUUAAUCCAAACCCAAAUGGACAUGGAAGCAUUGUGACUUGGUCAAUUGAGUAUGAGAAAAUGAACGAAGAUUCUCCAACUCCCUUUGCUUAUCUUGAAUUCUUCCAUCAGAACCUAGUCGAUAUGAAUUCUCACCUUUACGUUGGUUCUGAUUCUCACCUCCACGUUGAUGAAUAAAAUGCCAUUACCGUAAGUACAUGAACGCGGCUUUAGUGUUGAUGUACGUCAGUAUGUGUUGCUUGAAUUGAUCAGUUGCCUGUGUUAUUCUUGCUUGAAUCAGUUGCUUGUGCUAGUCUUGCAGUAUGCCUAUGUCUACGUGCGUGUGUUUCAUAAAAAUAAAGACUAAAGGGCACUUGCAAGUUAUAAUUCACUUCUUUUAAUCCCUUUGAAUAUGUAUGGUCUAUUCUGUUUAAUCAAGUUAUGUAUUCUAUAGCAAAGGGUUUCCACAAAUUAUCUCAAUUGCCCUGAAUUAUUUUUU